AAUUGCUCCAAAGUGAGGUCAGCAGGAGGCAUUUAUCUAGGCAGAGUGCACAGCGACAGUGGAGGAUGCACAGAGUCAGCCUGCCAGGAACAGGGAAACAUACAUUGGAAUUGACAGAGGCUCCCAGCUCUUGCUCUGCCUUAUUGCAUCACUGGACUUGGUUUACCACUGAGACUACGGUUCUAGACCCAAAGAGUCUGCAGAUUAAAAUUCUUGCUGAAACGGAACACAGAUCUGACAACUCUUGUCAUCACCCAGAGCACAUUGGCAUCUGGUGCAACAUUUCCUAACCUGGAUAAAGGCGUUGAUUGUCGGACUGUGGUCUCAAGAGGAUGUAGUGGUUAAAACACACAAUUACUGCGGCCUAACAAGAGACAUCAUCUCCUGAUUCUGUCAGCCAUCUACUUCGUGGGACUUCCCACCAGAAAAACAAAACAAGCCUCACACGGUGAUCUCCACAAACGCCCUGUCGAAAAAUCCCUCGAGAAAUCCCUGCUCCAGAAACAAAGACCUGGAGGUCAAAAGUCAGGGGUCAGGGCGCUGCUGGGAUAUCACACAGCUUUCUAUUUGGCAUUUCAGUAUGUUGUUCAUUGAUCCCCACUGCAUUGUAUUAUAAUGCGCAAAUGGAUACUGACAAGGAACCUUCAAAAUCUGUUCUCUGGACUCUACCUGCAUGCACUCUUUCUAUUCGGCAGUGUGUGUGUUGCCUACAGUGAUUGCACACCGGAGCAACUUGCUGCCAUCAUGAACUGCUCCAAACAUGAACGCCACACAAGAAACUAUGAUUACAUGGAGGGAGGAGAUGUGCGCAUUCGACAGCUGUUCAGUCGCACGCAGUGGUUCCUGACGAUUGAUGACAAUGGCAACAUCAACGGGACUCAAGAUGCCACCAACUGCCACAGUAUCCUGGAGAUCAGAACUGUGUCUGAGGGGGGCAUACUGGCUAUCAAAGGUGUGAAGAGUCAGUAUUACAUUGCCAUGAACAAGGCUGGACAGCUGCAAGGCAAGAGGAUCUACAAUGAAAACUGCAACUUCAAGGAGGUUUUCCUAGAAAACUUCUUCAAUGCUUACUCCUCAACAAAGUGGACUAAAAAUGGCAAGGAAAUGUUUAUAGCCUUGUCUCAGAAGGGAAGGCCAAUGCGAGGGAAAAAGACCAGGAGGGAGCAUAUAGCAUCUCACUUCAUCCCAAUAAAAUGCAGAGAGGAGGAGAGGAGAGUGGAGUGAUAAAGCACGGACUAAGUUGCAAACUGUGUAUGAUCUUAGUCACAUAUAUAUAUCUUAACAGUCACAUGCAGCCUAAGAACCAACAUCACGCGCCACUCUCCUCAAGUUAUAAGUUAUUAGGUAGUGUUUUAUGAUAUAACGUUGUCAUCGUGGCAGAAUACAGCAAGUGUCAGAUGGGUAUGGUAAACUAAUCAAAUAAACCUUGAGUAAGAUUUUUACCCAAAUAUUUGGCAAUACCAGCAAUUUUACUCAAUGUUAUGAUUGUUGAUUACUAUAAGACUAUAAGUCCCCUUUAAACAGAAGAGUAUUUUCUUACAGAACAGUAAAAUACACUGUUAGGGUUUUAUUCUUUCCCACAACUGACCCACACUCUGUCAGAUGAGACAUGUAAUCAACAGAAAGGUCCAGAAUGGAGAUUUAGCUUGACCAAGAAGUGCUGAAGCAAGCUGGACUUGUCUUUUUAAACGGUACAAGUACUUAGAGUCUGCGAUAGACUGGCGACCUGUCCAGGGUGUACCUGCCUCUCGCCUGUAAUUAGCUGGGAUAGGCUCCAGUAAACCCCCGUGACCCUGCAAAGGAUAAAGCGGGUAAAGAAAAUGGAUGGAGGUACUUAGAGUAUACACAGGCACAAUACAUGUAAAGAAAAAAUAAAUAGAUAAAGUAAUAGAAAAAUAGAUAAUAAAUAGAGCAUACAAGACUAGCUAUUUGUGAAUGAUGUGUUUUGAUCUUUUUCCUUCGUGCAUUGAAGAUCAGACUCUGGUCAAAUGCACUGUAGCUGCUCACUGACCUUUUUCAUUAUAAGGGUGUGAUUUUGAAAUGCAAAGAUAUUCUCCUGCUGCUGAAAAGUUAUCCAGAUUAAAGUACAAAGUGAACAACAUAAAAAUGUGUACGCUAUACAAACUUUUUCUGACGUAAUAAUCGUGCGCACUUAAAGAUCAUAUAUUUAUUUUUAGAGAUUACCUUUGGUUUAUUUUAAUUUGUUUCACUAAGCAUGACAAAGACAAGAAAUAUAUCAUGAGAUAUUUUUUACUACAAGUGAUCCAGAUAGUAAAUUCACAAACAAUAUCUCAGCAUUUGCUAUAUCGUAUCAUUUAUUAUUGUAUUUUUUUGUUUGUUUAUAUAACGCUGAUUUGCUAUAUGUUAACGUGUCAGUUUUCCUUACAAUGUGCAUUUCUUUACUGUGAAACAGUUUAACAGACUGUAUUCAUGGGUCUUCCUCCACUAGAGGGUAUAGCAGACUUCCAAAUAACCUCAUAUCCACAAGCUUAUAGGGUUCUUUUGGUUAAAAUGUCAGCAGGAAACUGCGUAACUACACUUCCCAUAGACAGUCAGAUACAUGGCUGUCCUUUAGAUGUACGGUCAUUUUUGUAGUAUUCAUUACCAUUUCUAAUUGCUUUAGUCUGACAGUUUGUGCGUCAUGCAUCUUGAGGGUGGAAAUUGCAUGGAAACCAUAUCUUGCCUCUGUACUGCCAUUUAUGUAACUAUGACACUUCUUAGCAGACGGAGCUCUGAAAGGGAAAAAGAGAACUGUUAUGCUUACACACUGUGAUUAAAUUCAGUACGCCUGUAUGAGCAGUAUUCAUUAAAAAUGGCCUAUUUAUUUAGUUUACUAUCAAUAACAGAGGUAGUUCUGUUAUUCAUUCAUCUUUUAACUGUCUGUAAUGUCAAUUCUGUUUUGCUCUCAUUUUUAAUCAAAAGUUUGAUCUGUGUUUGAUCAUAUAAAAAAAAAAGAGUGUUUUGAAUCACUCCACACUUGAACUCUACAAUUCUCUUGGAUACAAAGAAAUAUUACAGAAAAAGUAGCUACGGUAUAUAAGAUUGAGAUGUAAAAAUGUCUUGAAGAAGAUUCAUUGCACUGUAUAUUUAGACACUUGGGAACAAUUUGUGCACCCUGGGAUAAUCCAAUAAACAUAAACAACAUAAGAUAAUUCAAUAUUUUAAUGCAGGUUGAGAUGUGAUAUAGCUAAAGAGAAUAUAUAUGUAAUAUUAUGAAGGAAAGUGAAAAUAAUUUAAAAAAAAUACUUUGACCUGGUCAAUUUGACUUGAUUUAGUUUUUACUAUAUCAAGUAAAAAAAGAGUCAUGUGAGUGAAGAAAAUAUCACACACAAAUUGGCAGGGUGCCUACAUGUGCAUAUAAUCAUAUAACCACAACUUUACAGGCUCAAAAAAGCACAUCGACACAGGGAACAAGUUUUACCUUUUGUGUGGGUUCACAUCUGGCUUAGAGAACCCCUGUCAGAUAGAGACAGUUAAAUUGAGAGAGCAAACCUCUAAAAUAAGUUUGACCCAAACAACAUCUGAGCAAGGUGAAGGCUUCUGCCAAGUCACGCAAAGUGAGUCUUAGCAGAUAAUUUGUAACAUGCUCAAAAUGUAAACACAUUUCAGACUCAAGGCUGUGUAUUCCCAGCAGGACGGGGGGAGGCUAAAACCAACCAGGAUGAGCAAGAAUUCUCGUAGACGCGAAGACGCAGACUUCCAAGAAAAAGGAACCAAUACAGAUAGAAACCAUGACUUUUCACAACUUACACAUUGUUCUAGAGAUAUUAACUCAGUUUCUUAAAAUUCUCCUGAAAGCCCAAAUAAUUUAUUAUUUAGAGCAAAAUUAUAAAAGGCUGUACUCUAACAGUACGGUAAAUAUACGUGUGUGUGUGUGUGUGUGUGUGUGUGUGUGUGUGUGUGUGUGUGUGUGUGUGUGUGUGUGUGUGUGUGUGUGUGUGUGUGUGUGUGUGUGUGUGUGUGUGUGUGUGUGUGUGUGUGUGUGCAUAACCUUAUAAUACUGUCACUAAACAAAUGUAAGUGAAUUGUUUAAACUGUGUGUCUAAAUAUUUUUUGUCUUAUUAAUUAUUACGUGAUGUUUAUUUCUACUAGG